AAGGCCACCGCUCGCUAAGCCCAAGGCACUAGGGCUGGUUGAACCGGAAGUAGUCGAAAGCUUUACAUAAUUUGUAGAUUUUCAUAAAAGAAAAGAAGGUGUAGAAAAGCCGCAGUGUCAAAAUAAUUUAUAUUAUAUAAUGGAUUUAAUUGGGUUUACGAUAAAAACCACUGUUGUGGGUGGUAUCGUAUAUUACACCUAUUACGAAGGUCUGUGGUCGAAAUCAGAAGAAACUGCUAAAUUAUAUCACAAAAUACACGAACAUGUCGCUCCUUAUAUUAUAUAUAAUACGACAAAUUCUCUGAUACGGCACGAGUUUAAUAAACUACCAAGUGUCACAACUAUUACAACUUGUGCAAAAAAAUCUUGGAACAAAGGUGUUAUGAAUACUAUGGAAUUCAUGUCUGAUUUACCUACUCAUGUGGUUAAUGGUGCAACCAGUGUCUCUGAAACUGUACAGAAGUAUAUGAAGGAACAGAAGCAAUAAGUAGAAAGCUAAAGUGUUUAUAAUACUAUUAGUAUUGUUCUAUACAUUUUGGAUGUAAAUUAUAUAGUUGAAUGUAUAACAAAAUUAUAUAACUAUGAAUAAGUAAAUUAUUAUUUAUUUUAUGCCUAUA